AUGGUGAAAAGAAGAGAACGCGACGAGGUUUUGGUCGAUGCUCCUGCGGUACAGGAUGAUGAGAGUGGAAGUGAUACUGAAAUGGAUACCGUGAACGUGGACUUUGAAUGGUUCAACUUCAAGGCAGACACUGAUUUUCACGGAACUAAAAACCUAUUCCGUCAGCUAUUUGACGUAGAUUCUCAAAUAUUUGACUUAUCUGGUCUUACAAACCUCGUUCUUUCUCAGCCAACAAUUGGCUCCACUGUGAAAGUUAAUGGGGAGGAAUCUGAUGCAUAUGCCGUAAUCACGGUAUUAAAUUUACAACAGCACCGAGAAGUGGAAUCUAUAAAGGAGAUAUCUCGAUAUUUAACUGAAAAAUCCGGCAUUAAUGAAAACCUUGCGCCAAUCACAUCUGUGCUUAACUCGGAGGCACCAGUCGGCCUUGUCCUCUCCGAACGUCUUAUUAAUGUGCCUUGCGAAAUAGCCCCACCUAUGUACAGCAUGCUCAUCGACGAGAUUGAAGCGGCCAUCGAAGAUAAGGAACCCUAUAAUUUCAGCCACUACCUCCUACUUUCAAAGACCUACAAUGAGAUUGCCUCAACAAUAGAUCAAGAGGAUAACCCGAGAACAAAGAAGAAAAAGAGUUCUGUUAACACUAGAGAAAUGUUCUAUUUUCAUCCGGAGGAUGAGAUUUUGCUGAAGUAUGCUACUGCAUUUGGAACAUUUGAAUACACCAAUGAUGAGGGGCCAGGAAUGGCAGAUAGCAAAAGAGCAUUUUCAGAGAUGGGAAUUAAGGCAAACGGGGCUCUGAUUUUAAUUGAAGCUAACAAGUUUGCCGACGCUGUGAAAGCGAUUAAUGAUUGUUUUCAUCCUUUCUAG